AUGUCGACUGCCUUGGAACAGCAUAUUCUCGAAGCCAACAGCAGAUAUGCCAAUGCAUACAACUCCGCUGGCCUUAAUAUUCAACCGGCAAAUAAAUUGGUGAUCAGUAAGCUCCACAUUCUGUUUGGACGUAAAGCUUCACCGCUGACAAUAUUCUUUACUACAGUUACAUGUAUGGACUGCCGCCUAGAUCCCGCAGCUGCAUACGGAUUCAAGCUUGGUGACACGACUAUUGUCCGUAACGCAGGUGCCUCUGCUCGUGACGGUGCCCGCUCUGCGCUUCUGACAACUCAUGUUCUCGGCGCAGAAGAUAUUUACAUUAUUAAGCAUACAAAGUGUGGCUUGUUGGGCGUCACAACUGAAAUGGCUCAUGGAAUCAUCAAGAAGAAUUUGGGCCUCGCCAAUUCGACUGAGGACCUGGAUAAUUUUGAGGUAUUUCCUAUUGCGGAUCUAGAAGAAUCCUUGAAAGAGGACGUGGCUUACUUGCGGCAUCACCCACUGGCAAUGAAAAAGGUUAGGGUGACUGGAUGGAUACAUGACACGGAUACGGGCGUGUUGAAGCAAGUUGUCCAAUGA